AUGCCCGCAAAUGAUCAAACAUUUUUCUCGGCUACUUGUUACACGUUUUCCUGCAAGAUUUCAUCCUUUUUUUCAUUUAUCAAAUUUUAUUUUCUCUUUUCCUUGAUUACGUCAUUCUUUCUUUUUUUUCUCUCUCUCUCUCACUCGCUUUCUCUUGAUUCAUUCUUUCUUUCUUUCUUUCUUUCUUUCUUUCUUUUCUUUCUUUCUUUCUUUCUUUCUUAUAUGCAUCUAUAUAACUUUCUUUUUUUAUAUUCCUUUGACCAUUGUUUUUUUUUCUUUCUUUCUUACAUGUUAUUACAUAAUUUUUAUUUUUUUCUGAUUUCUUCCUUAUAUAAUUUUUACAUCUUUGUGGGAUUCUUUUUUAAAACAAUAUCUAGACUUUUCUUUCUUUUUUUCUUUCUUUUUUCUUUCUUUUUUCUAUUUUUAAUUUUUUUCUUUCUUUCUUAUAUUCUUUCUUUCAUUUUUCUUUUUUCUUUUAUUCUUUCUUUCGUUCUUUCUUUCUUUCUUUUUUCUUUCAUUCUUUCUUUCUUUUUUAUUUUUUCUUUCUUUCGUUCUUUCAUUCUUUCCUUCUUUCUUUUUUCUUUCUUUCUUUCUUUUUUCUUUCUUUCUUCUUUCAUUUAUUCUUUCUUUCAAUUUUCUUUCUUUUUUCUUUUAUUCUUUCUUUCGUUCUUUCUUUCUUUCUUUUUUCUUUCUUUCUUCUUUCAUUUAAUCUUUCUUUCUUUCAAUUUUCUUUCUUUUUUCUUUUAUUCUUUCUUUCGUUCUUUCUUUCUUUUUUUCUUUCUUCUUUCAUUUAAUAUUUUUUGCUUUCAUUCUUUCUUUCAUUCUUUCUUACAUAACGUUGCCUUUUUUCUUUCUUAUAUAACAUUCACAUUUCUUUCUUUCUGA